AAGCCAUACCCGGAAGUGUCUAGCUGCCCUGAGCACAGUAGCUAGCUUGAUGCUACUAGUGCGAAAAGCCCACGAUCACUUCUGAAGGACGGAAAGAAACACAGUCACUGCUCGGAACACUUUCCCAUCUUUUCCACCUUCUCGGCGCGAUAAUAAUUAUAUUAGCAGUUUUGGUCAAACAGUAAAGCCUUUGGUCAUGUCAGGACAGAGGAAAGGUGCAGCAGCGCGGCUGCUUAAAUGUGCCUUCUGCAGAACCAACCGGGACAAGGAGUGCGGGCAGCUGAUAGUGUCUGACGGCCAGAAGGUGGCAGCCCACCAUAAGUGCAUGCUUUUCUCCUCUGCCCUGGUCACAUCUCACUCAGACAGCGAAAACAUUGGAGGAUUUUCCCUUGAGGAUGUGAAAAAGGAGAUCAAGAGGGGAAAUAAAUUGAUGUGUUCUUCGUGUCACCGGCCAGGCGCUACGAUCGGCUGUGACGUGAAGACGUGCCGGAGAACGUAUCACUAUUACUGCGCUUUGAAGGACAAAGCCCAGAUUCAAGAGAAUACCUCACAGGGGAUUUACCUUCUGUACUGUCGCAAACACCGGGAUGCCUCUCGUGAUGGCAUUCAAGAUGAAGAGGAAGCUGUGGCCGAUGACUCGGACUCAUCGCCUCCACAAAGUAGGGGCAGAGGAAGGUUUGACAAGGGGAGAUCCAGGGUCGGAUCUCGUGGCCAAUCGGAAGACACCCGCUCCACUUCCUCGCAAGCUGUCGACGAGGAGAGUUCCUCACAUCGGGACAGGUCCCCUCUUAGGGCCAGCCCGGGAGAUGGCGGCCAGCGCUGUGGCUUCUGUCAUGCUGGCGAGGAAGAGAACGAAACAAGGGGCAUGCUCCAUAGCGAUAACUCCAAAAAAGUGGCGGCUCACUACAAGUGCAUGCUAUUUUCAUCGGGGACGGUGCAGCUGACCACCUCGUCACGGGCCGAAUUUGGGAACUUUGAGGUGAAAACAGUCAUCCAGGAAAUCAAGAGGGGGAAAAGAAUGAAAUGCACACUCUGCACUCAGCUGGGUGCAACCAUUGGGUGUGAAAUCAAGGCGUGUGUGAAGACCUACCACUACCACUGCGGCCUGCAGGACAAAGCCAAGUACAUUGAAAACAUGGCGCGUGGCAUCUACAAGCUAUACUGCAAGAACCACAGUGGCAACGAGGAGAGGGAUGAAGAAGAUGAGGAACGAGAGAAUCGCAGUAGACAGAGGGCUGAAAACAACCACGGAGGAACACCGUCAACGCAAGUAAAUGGCAACUAGGUUGGCCUGAUGGACGUGACGUGGGGUGAAAACGGAAGAACUCAAAGACGAGGAAGAGAUAUUUUUUUAUACUAAAUCUUAGCCUACUCACAAAGUCGUGGUCUACAAGCUCCCACGAGUCCUUCACACGGUUCCUUCCAGUAAAUGAACACGAUGUCCCAAUGUGCAGAUGUCUCCUACAUGUGAAACCCUGUUUUGAGUUGACUGGAGGAGCUUUUCACAGGCUGGUGGUACUGCUGCAGGAUCAUGAAAGAAGAGCCAUGCCUAAUCUUUCCCCAAGAGUCAGUAAUAGGCUCAAUUUCAAAUACAUUGUAUCAUUUUGGUGAAUAAGAGCUAAUGGACUGAUCCUCAGAUUGUCACUCGCUGCCCAUGUCCCCACAGAUUACAUGACACACACACACUUGCUGAAAUGGAUGCAUUCUUGCCCUUCCUUCGCUUCUGCAGGACUCACAUUUUUAAGAGGAGUCUGUUUGUUACUAGUCUCUCUGAAGUUGUGCAGUUUGAUUACCUUGUUUCUGUAAUCAUGUCUUAAGAAUACUCUUUUCAUGUUAGCCUUUCUUUCUUGAUAUGUGAUAUUUUGCUACUGUGUUAUCAUGAUGAGUAACUUUGAAUAUCUGGAUUUUAAACAGUCAAUUACAAGUUUUGCCAGCAUGCACUUGGAUUUUCCCACUGUUCAAGGUGGCUUUUUUUAUUUAGCUACUAAAGGGCAAAGUAGAGCUCUUUAGAGGACGUUGGCUUGACUUUGUUUGAUGUACUGUUACUUGUAUCUCUACAAAUGUAUCCAUGAGUGAUUGGAAAUAGAAAAUAUUUUUAUUUUACACAUUUA